UAGCCCUGGCUGCAAUUCAUAUUAUCGCUCGUUACCUCUUCCAUCCAGCGUCCUGCCUAUUUUAAUUCUCCUUAUCACGGGCCACAGAACGCUCACAACCAUUCCCCCCGUUGCCCGCUGCUCUUAGCCUCCCGUCAAUACGCCUUGCUCUAACUAACGAUUUACGACUUCCGACUCUUCCUCUGUUUGGCGCUUCCGGUUUUGUGCUUGCGACCUCAAUUUGAAUGCCGUCUGCAUUGUUAUUCUCCCCCUCAUCGUCCCCCAUGAUUUCCACCAUCCCCCCUCCCCGACCCGUCUCGGUCAAUUCACUGGCCAGAGCGUCGGCCUCGACAACCAUCCCCUACGCCAAAGCGAGUCGCUGCACCAGUGCCGAAAUUCAGAUUCUUGAUGGUCCCAUUAAUCCCCCGGCGGUGGGGCCUGGUCAGCUGGUCUGCCAGUCCCCGGUGGAUACCGAAAUGGAGGAUGCACGGAUAAGCGUGGAGACACCUCAGGCCUGCCGAUCUCAAGUGCGCUUCGAAGACCUUCCCAUCGAGAUCCACGAGGCCAUUCUAGAUCAUUUGUUUGGCGAGCGGGCAUCGGCCUUCACGUCGUGCGCGCCCGGUAAGUCCGCGCGCAGUUGGAAUAAGUCAUUGCGUCAUCCCCGUCGAAAAGCGCUCUCCAAUUUGGCAUUGAUCACCCCUGUCUGGCGAGCACUGGUGCAGGACCGGAUUUACAGGCACAUCAAAAUCAAGGGUACCACAGACGAGUUGGCAGAAAGUGCCCGCUGGUUCCGUGCACAUCCCCACCUGGCCCCGUACGUCCGCCAUGUCGAGAUCUGGAUUCCGGUAUGGGGAAAACGCGCCGUCAAGAAUACAUCGCAUCAUUUUCCUGCCCGGCGGUUGCAUGACGAGGAUGCCGGCCUGGUUGAGCCGGGAGUGCCUCAAGCCAUCGCGUGGGACGACUCCGAUACCAACCAUAGCACCGACUAUCGUUACCACUACGCCAGUCAUAAUGCGACCCUGGAGGAGAUGUUCUCCCACGUAAAAUCCGAAUUCCCCGAAGCACGCAUACUGACCCUGGAGGGAGGUCACUGUAAGCGACCGCCAAUGGUCCGCCAAUUCCGCGAUGAUCCAUGCGGCCACUCCGGACGGCGGCGUUUGCCUACGCUGCCAGUCGUCCAGACGUUUGUCAUGCGUGGAGCUUGGAAUAUUAUGCGCGACUAUCAACAUUGGUUGAACAUGUCCCAAGCCUUACCCGGGGUGCGCGAAUGGCACUGCGCCUACGCCAAGCCCAAAUUCGAGGCCUACGAGACUGUCGCGCAGAUUCUCUCCUGCAUAUCCCCAUCACUCGUCCAUGUCAACAUCAGCCUGGAAGGCUUCUACAACAAGGACAAUACACAAUCCGGCUGGAUGCACGAUGGAAUCAGCCCACCACAUCUCUGCCGCCUGCUUGGCGAGGCCGCCCCACGGUUGGAGUCCCUUGCAUUUACGGGGAAGGUGUGCGCCUGUCUCUUCAAUGCAACCCGCGGCUUCAUGUCCACCUGGCCGGCCAAGUCCAAGCUCAAGUCGUUAGAUUUGGUGGUCAAGACCUGCUGUCGCGAAAAGCGGGCCAAUCCGGGACUCGGAUUUUUAGACGACUUCUCCGGCAUCACCAAUCUGAAUUUCAUCCGCUCUUUUGAGAAACUCGUCCUCGGGGCCGUCCACAGCCUGCAGCUGCACACUGCCUUGACGUACAUGCGCAUCCGCUUCAUCGACUUGGACUCGGCCUGUCCGCCACUAAAUCCCUACUUCCAGCUGUCCGACAACGAGUGCACUGGUUUGUGGAAUGAGAGAAUUCUCGAGACCUUGCAUGAAGCCCGUCCCCAGGCGCACUAUGCAGAGCUUUCCGACGGCAUCUAUCCCCAGUAUGGACACAACCGGCAGAUUGUAGGGGCGGUGUACCCGCGAACUCGACCAUUAAGUAUCCAUGCAUCGACAUACAAAGUCAUUGCCGAUGUGUCCAAGCCAUAGCGCAGCUUCAUUCUAUCUGAUUGUAGUUUAUGAUGGGCGGGUGGCAGCAGCAAAAGUCUUGAAUGUAGCCCAUUUAUGAUACCAGUCUUUUAACAGAUAAUGCAGUAUAUUUUACGAUGAUUGCGUGAAACUGAUUAGAUAGCUGCGUAGUGGAGCAGUAUUUGACUUUGACUGCAAGGGGCAUUCGGGAAGUAGCAUAGGAGCUAAUAUAGUUUUACUUAAAACCAGUGUAUAACAACAUCUAGGAGAUA